UCUGUUACUCCAAGUCGUCGUUCUACCUUUUCACAGCUUCUGCGCUCGUAUGCUUAUACUCCAAUUGAUCCUUCACCAAAGAGGAAACGUGCUCUCACCUUACCUGGAGAUAGUGAUACCCUUCCAGCUACUAGCAAAAAGCCUCGGGCUUCGAAGAAGGAGUAAAUCCGCAGCUACCGGUCAGCAGGUUCACGCAGGAGAGACUUCUAUCUCAGGCAAGAGUGUUUCUGCCAGUGAACGCAGGCGCAGCGGUCCUCGCAAACUGCUUGAUGCAGUAGAAAUUGUUGUCAAGUCUGAGCAUGCAGACCCACCGCUGUUGAUGCGUGACGAAUUAGUAAAGGUGCGGAAGAGGGCGAACAAGAAGCGCAAGCUCCAACCUACUUGUCCUCUCGCAAAGGACGAUGUAUGUGUCGAGCCACCAGACGUGGAGAUGAAGAUUCCAAUCACCAGAUGCUACCUGACGCCUAUGCCUGGUGAAGUGCGGUCUACAAUCCCUACCAUGACACCCUCUUCCCAACCUCGAAAACGUCGCAAGGUCGAGACUCCUAUCGUAUCACUCCUCCAGUCUACCACUUUAACCAGUAAAUCAAAGACGAUAAAAAAGGUGUCUACGCAAACAGACGUCAUCCAUAGAACCAGCCCAGAUACCACCACCCCGAUAACUUCGAAAUAUUUUUCUAAUGUCACACAACUUGGCAAGUCAUGGGUGCCUUCUUUUUUUCCGUCGGAGGACCUCUUCACACACAAGAAUAUGUCCGCGUUUCCGACUUACCAUCAAGAUCUUUUCAACGAUCUCAUUGGAUACAUCGCAAAUGCCAAGCCGAUCUUGAUACAAGAAGCUGUUUCUGAUAAUCCAUGGCAGCUCUUGAUCGCCGUAAAGCUACUGAACGUGACUACUGGUCGAUACGCUAUUCCUGUCUUUUGGAAGCUCAUAAACCAUUGGCAAACUCCUCGGGACAUGAUCGAGGCUGAUAAUGACGAGCUCGUGAAUAUUCUACGUCCACUGGGCCUUUACAACAAACGGGCAGCAUGGCUAAAGGAGAUGUCCCAACGAUAUCUAGAUGAUCCUCCUACCGACGUUCUUCGUCCAUCCAACUGUCGCGUAGAAAUUCCUGCAAGACGUAAAAUCACCGCUCCGACCUAUGUGAAUCCGAGAAAACGUAAAAGUCCUGGAUCCGCGAAAAGGACCCGCAAAACGACCAUACCAUAUCCGCCCACGCCCGUCUCACAUUAUCCAGGCGUGGGCCGGUACGCCCUGGAUUCGUACCGAAUAUUCUGCACGAGCUACGAGAGCGAAGAGUGGAAAGAGGUCAUGCCUGAAGACAAGGAACUGAUCCGAUAUCUGCGAUGGAAGUGGGCCUAUGAUGAGAGGAAGAUAUGGUAUCCUGAUGGCGUCGGCGUCGUUAAAGAUGUCGACAUCCCUUAUCUGCUCAUCCUGGUGGAUGAGUUAAUGGAAGAACUUGAGCCUGAUGAAUUUUGGGGCCCGAAAGAUUUUAUUAACGGCUGAAUGAGUGAUGGUGUGAUAGAGAUGAGUUGAUUCGUUGCUGUAUAUUUUGCUUAAUCUAGUGUAUAGGGUACAGCUACUUAUUGUAUAUUCACAUAGUCUUCGGAACGCGAACAGGGAUGAUGAUAAGGGAUGA